GGAAAAAGGCUAAAGAUUUUCAUGAUUUUUGGCUCUCUGAUUCUUGUCGGAAGAAUUAGACUAUCUGAGGGUUUGUAGCAUUAAAAAAAAAAAAAGGAUUUGAUUCUUACUAGAACCCUUAUAUAUAUUAACCUAUUGAAUAAUUAGCUGGUAUCAAGAUUCUCUAUAUAUUCUUUGUUUUGUGGAUUAGAGAAACGGUAUUGUGCGAAGAUCUGAGAAAAUGGAUGCAUUCUUUGAUGGUCUUGACUGUCGAUUGAGGGUGUCAGGCAUGGUCGCUGAUUCGAUCAUGAUGGGUAUCGUGAACUCAGCAAUGGAGAAUGCUUACAAGAAGAGCUUGUCAAAAGAAGGGAAUUUGGAGCGGUUGAAUGAGAAGUCAAGGUUCUGUGAGCUGGCGAUAAUGCAGCUGGAGUGGUGCCUGAAAUACCUGCAGGACGAGAUCCAUGGCAACAUCAUUGAAGGCACCUGUGAACGUGAGCAGUUGCUCUCUGAUCUAUUGAAGACUAGAGAUCGGAUCCACCAUAGGCUUGAGGAGACUGAGUUCGCGAUUGAAGAGAAAGAUAAAGAGUUAACAAGGAGGAAGGAAAAUGAAUCAAAGCUUAGAUUGGCUUUGGAAAUGAAGGGAGAAGAAGUUAGCUCUUUGCACACAGCACUUGGGCUCGAAAGAGUAAAAAGUAAGAAAGCGAGUGGAUUCGUCCAAUUUGAUGCAAUAUGUAUGGAAAAAAAUGAAAACCAUGUGUUCGGUGAACUGAAAGGCUCUUUGCAUCGACAGUUGCAGAAAAUCAGAGGCAAACUGGAGGAUGGACGGGAAAUUUUGACCAAUCUGAUGCAAAAGAAUAGGAGAAACUCCUCAGAUGUUGACAAGUUGACAUUCAACUUUGGUGUGAAUGGUGGUGGCAUGAAAUCACUGCAUGAGCUUUAUGAUAUCGCACAGUUGAAGUUGGACUUUAAAGAGAUUGUUGUUGAUGUUGGUAUUCUCACAGAAAAGAUUGAAUCGUCUUUUGAAAUAAUGGGAAGAUCUGUCUCCUUGUUAAAGGCAGCACUGGAUGAGCAGCAAUGGGUUUCAGAUGUGGAAAAAGAUACAUCUAAUGUUUUUAUUAAAAGUUACCUUCAGGAAACUCAGCAUGUAGGCAAGUUGGAGUUUGGGGUUUCCACAGAAAGUUCUCCUGCAGCCUUGUUGGACAUGAGCUGGUCAGCUUUCAUGGAUGACAUUACAAGUUUGCAUCAUGAGCUUGAGGGAUUGUUUCCUCAAAUAGAUGCACAGUCGAAAACUGAUGGCAGCAUGGAUUUGAGGUCCCAUUACAAUCCUUCGUCAAGUGCUAAUGCUGGAGGAAAAGAUAGCUGUAGUUUUGGAGGUUCGAGAGAUGAUGCUGUUUCUGGUGCAGUAGAAAUACAUGAGGAGUUCAAUGAUACUUCUUCAAAAGUUGCAAAAUCAAGCAAAACAGAAGGUCUAUCUAACGAAAAUCUAUCUGGGCAUUUUGUUGCUGAUUUGGUACAUAACCAUGAGACAACCAUACAGCAGAAAAAUCAAGUAAUUAACUGGCUGAAGGGAGAACCAUCCAGAGAAAAAGGGUGCUCCUUAAGAAAUGAUAAAACCUUUGAUUCUGUUAAACAAAUGUUUAUUAGGGCUAUUUCAAGGUUGGAUGAUAUUAGAAGGAAGAAUUCCAAGUUGGUUGCGGCUUGUGAUAAGCACAGACUUAUAGCCUAUGAAAGACCCACCAGCAUUCUCCAAAACAAUUCAUCAAGAUAUGAAUCGGUGGAUAAAGAAAUUAUGGUCACUCAGAUAGUGAGAGAACUCCUUGAUCAACCAAGAAAUGGGCUAUGCUGUCAUUUAGGAGAUACCGAGCUGUUUGAUGAGAUAAGACAACUAGAAGAAGGAAAUGUUGAUUUGGACACUAAAGCUAAGAUGUUGGAAGAGAAAUACACAAUUCUUUCUAAAGGUUUAAUGAGAGGGCUGCACCUUGACUUCUUUGCUUACAACAUAGAGACCUUAAUCAGGGAGGAUAUAUAUAGGGUUAUCCUUAGUGGAAUGAUCCAAGGAUGGAAUAAUGAUCUAGAAUCUUAUAGCAUCGAAAGGCUUCUUAAAGAAGAGAUUGAUUGCAUUGUACUCAGUGAGGUAAUCAGAGAUAUGAUACAUGUUGAGUAUCUAACUUUGAUGAAAUGCCCAGAUGGAGACAUGCCAUUUGGUAACAAUUUGUCUCAGACUUCUAUGAUCAGGGAAAGUAUGGAAACCAUGCAAAAAGUGGAAUCACUAUCAAAUGAUUUUAAGUUGGAGGAAGGUUUAGAGUUUAAUUGUAAUUCAGAACCAGUGGAAUCUUAUAUCAUCAAGAGGCUUCUCAAGGAAGAGAUUGAUUGUAUUGUAUUCAGUGAAGUAAUCAAAGAUAUGAUAUGUGUUAAGAAUUUAACUUUAAUGAAAUGCCCAAAGGGAGACAUGCCAUUUGGUAAAAAUUUGUCUGAGACUUCUACAAUCAGUGAAGGUAUGGAAAAUAUGCAAGAAGCAGAAUCACGAUCAAAUGAUUUUAAAGUGGAGGAAGGUUUUGAUUUUAAUUGUAAUUUAGAACUGGUGGAACCUCAUAUUCACCUUGACCUUGAUGGGUAUAAAAUUGAAGCAUCAAAUUCACUAAAUAUGCAACAUACUGAAUUGUUGGCCGAGAAGGAUGAUGCUUUUAAGCCAGUUGACGGAAAUUUUGAAGUGCACCACUUUAUUUCUAGUAGGAUGCAUCUAAGUAAAUCGGUUCCAUGUUUAUUACCUCUUGACAAUAGGGAUGUGGCACAUGAUCGGGUAACUUCAGCAAGUGGCAUGAUACAUAAUGGUCACCACACCACAUGCUCACCUACAGGAUUUACAGGAAAGAGUUGGAGCGAGAUGCAGCUCAUUCUGAUGCCUCUUGCAAAGUUUUCACAAGAAAUCUUGGAUUUUGAGUUUAUGGUGUUUGACAAAAUAAAAGUAAAUAUUUCAAGGUUGGGAUAUCUGAAUAGUCUGUUGAAUCCUCUCAUUGAGCAAGCAAUCUCAAUUAAGAGAAAAGAAUUGCUCUAUCAUAAGGCUUUUACAAGGCGAUGUUAUGACCUCCAAACAGCUGAAGCAGAGGUGGAUCUGCUUGGGGAUGAGGUGGAUGUACUUCUUGGCCUUAUUCAGAAGAUAUACAUAUCACUGGACCAUUAUUCACCAGUUUUGCAACAUUAUUUUGGGUAUUUUCCAUCUUCUUCAUCGCAACUUCUACUCAUAUUUAGAUCUUCCCUCCUCAAGUCACUCACAAGUUCUCGGAAUGGAAAGAUUUGAGGAAGGAAAAAAGCAUAUUGGAAAUGUUUAUGACUUAGUUGUGGAAGAUGCUAAAGAACCUAACGAAGCAUUUGAAGACUUGCUUGAAAAAGUGAAAGAAGAUCUGAAGGAGUUUUAGGACUUCAUCUUUGAAGAUCUGCCAGAUGGACUGCUUCGUAUUACAAAUACUCAUCAUGCCAUCAAUUUGAUCCUGAUGCUUCCCUCAGAACAUGAUGAGAUAAUGUGAUAGUUGUUGGCUUGGUUGAAGGGUCAUGUUCAGGAAUUUAUGUCCUUGUGGCUUACCU